GGCGAAAUUGUUCUCGCCUCCUGCCGUGAUCCGAACAGACGAUCGCGUGACAUUAGAACGUUCAAGCUUUCGUCUCUAGAACCGAAGUAAGAUUUAAGUCAUCUGCGACAAUGUCUGAUGAACCGAAAACAACCACUUCUGAUUUUUGGAAGGGGCUUUGGAAGGACGGUAACACUGGCUGGCAUCGUAACGAAGUGAAUGAAUUUCUGAUCAAGUAUUUUGACGAGCUCACAGGUGGACGAUCGAAUCUUCGCUUCUUCGUGCCCCUGAGUGGAAAAUCAAUGGAUAUGUUGUGGCUGGCCGACAAAGGGCAUACUGUGGUUGGAGUAGAGCUCGCCAAACAAGCAAACGAAUGUUUCUUCGCAGAAAAUAACCUGACUUUUACGGUGGAAAUAGUUGAAAUGUCUGUCAGUGAACCCGUGGAAGUAUACAAAUGUAAAGAGAAGAGGAUCACAAUCUUUUCCUGCGACCUCUUCGCUGUCACUGAAAAUGAUGUGGGUGGGAAAUUCGACGCAAUUUGGGACCGUGGAUCGUUGGUUGCCAUUGCUCCUUCGUUCGGCGAUAGGGGCAAACGAUAUACCACAAAAAUGCGUUCACUUCUGGCUAGUGAUGGAAACUACCUUCUUGAAAGCUGUUACUAUGAAGUUGACCGUGGCAUGAACCCUCCGGCUAGCAUUACUGACAAGCAGAUAAAUGACAUGUAUGAAGAAGACUUCACUAUCAAAAAGCUGGAAAUGAACAAAAUUCAGGCGAACCCCGAGAAGGAAUCAUCCUUUGCUUUCGACAUAAAUUAUUACUUGUUCAAGCCAAAAGGAAACUAACCUAACAUUGACCUUAGGCUAAUGGACUUUUUGUAAAAAAAUACAGUGUGGUUCCCUUAGGAUCAGAGGGCGUGCUUGUCUUUUUGUUCACUUGCAUUUUUCAGACUGUUGAGAUUAACCCUAAGUUUAGUUGUAACAAUUUGAUUUCAGAUUUCCCCAUCUGAGAUGUCAAUGUAUACCAAUCAUUGAUUGCAAAUUGUAAGAUCAGUUGAAAU